AGAACACACCGUCGACUCUCCUGAACUCGCCAUCCCACAAACAACAAAUCCCCAUAUCGGCAUCGCGUUCCACGUCCCCGUUCAAAUUUGAUUCGUCUCAAUCAUGGGCACUUACGGACCAGGGCCAUCGGGCUUUAGCUCACCCUCUGAGUCUGACGACGAGAGCACUACUAGAGAUGACGAUAUCGAAAACCUCAGAGCUGAAAAAGACGGCAAGAUAGCCGAAAAAGAUAAUCAGAUAGCCGAACUACUCCACAAAGUCAAACAGCUCGAGUUUGAAGCACCAAACAAAUCUCAAGCUUCUUUAGCGCCAGCCGAUGGUCAGCUCAAUCUUCCCGCCGCCGCCAUCUCUGGGGGCUCCUUAACUAUAGCCGCCAACCAGAAUCAAACAUUUUUGAAUCGACCCAAUCCAUUCCUGAGUUCUCCAGCCAAUCCCUUUACCAACUCCUCAGCUAGAUCGCAUCAGCAGUCCGGGGUUGCUUCUGAGACCAGAUAUGGACCCUCCCAGCUCCUAGUCGAAAGGUCUUCGACGACCACAACCACUUCAGUCAGAAUUGCCUCAACUGGGGGAGCCUUCUCUGGAUCUUCCUCGAACGGGAUAACCCAUGCUACGAUAGAAUAUCGGGCUGAAAGCUCCUUCACGAGGUGGAGUGGUUUGAAGAAUAGCACCAUGGUGCCAGAAAGGCACCAAGACAAAUCCGACAGACAUUUCGAUAACAACGUGCAAGUGGAAGUCAUCGAGGAAGAGGAAGGUUCAUCAAGUGAUGAUGAAGAAGAUUACGAGCCGCGAGUAAGCUCUCGAUCCAGAAGGAACGAGCCCACUAACGAUCACUAUGCGAUGGGUUAUAAAGGUGUUUCUUGUGUUGUUGGGGGAAACACCGUCAAGACGUUUGACGAUAACUCCAACGGUAGUGGAAAGCUGAAGUUAUUGGCUAAGAUUCCAGGACUUAAGACGCCUGAUGGAAAGCGAGACCUGUUCCCAUCCAAGAUCAUGUUACAUCGAGAAGACUCUAACCUGAUCAUCCAAGAUAAGCGCAGUGCAAACUCACUAUACAACUUCGACCUGGAGGUCGGGAAAGUCGUUGAAGAAUUCAAGCUGGGUCGACAAGGCGCACCGUUGGAGGAUUUCUGUCCGAGCCUUAAAUUCGGCCAAAUGACGUCGGAAACCACCUUCGUGGGCGUCUCAUCAGACACCUUACAGACCAUCGAUCCACGACUCAAUGGAUACAAGGCGGUGACCCAUCAUGACUACAAGACCAACCCGAAGUUUUCGUGCGUUGUGACGACCGAGUUUGGAUGGAUCGCCGUGGGAUCCCACAAGGGUGACAUUAGGCUCUACGACUCGAUCACCAGCUACAGAGCCAAGACUUGGUUCCGUGGAUCUCAUGGCCCAGUCUUGGCGCUCGAUGUCUCCAAGAAUGGCGCCUUUUUGAUCGCUACUUAUCAGACUUACUUGGUGCUCUAUGAGUCGGGCAUGGGAUUCAUCAAAAGCAUUGCGAAUUCUCCCAAAGGUAGUGGAACAAGGCUUCAGCUUACGCGAGAACAUCAAAUGUUUAUACGCUAG